AUGAGACUAUUAGCAAAGACUGAAUGCGACCACGGCCGUGCCGGGGGAAGACCUCGCAAAGAAGUAAGUAUCCAACGGCUCAGUACUCCUGACAAGAAUGGGCUAGGGGUUAAGGAUUUAGGGCUAGAUGGCCCGUACGGGUUGCCAUUCUACCUUGAGAAUUAUGGAACGGUCAUCCGUUGUACUCCAGGAGAUGGCAUCUUUGCACAACUCAGGGCUCUCGCAGAGGCAUACAAAAGCUCUAGAGCAAGAACGAAGAGAAUCAAGCUCGUCUUGCUGACCAAUGAGUUCAAUGAACAGCUCCGGAAAUGGAUUCAGUCUAUCCUCGAUGACGAAGAUCUGCACACAAGUCUCCUUGACCUAUGCAUUUACGGACCGAACGCUAUAACAUCUUCCAAAAUCAGCAGUCUUGGAAGGCGAGUAAAUGUAGUCCAUGACGUGCCAAAUUGUCUGCAUAUUCACAGCUACGGCGUCAAGAGCGUCAAGAGAUUCUUAGGAUACAAAUUGCGCUUCUUCGAGCUGGACUACCAGCUACCUGAUGAAGAUCGAUAUGAUGGCGGCGUGGCCGCAUAA